CCGACGUCGUCGACACAUCCCUCGAGGUAUGUAUCAUUCGUUAUUUCGCCCUAUUCUACAGCCUCCCAGCUAGUCUGAGGGAGCAAUCACCAUGGAAAUCCGCAUAUUCGGCCUUGCUGGUGUAGUAACCGACAGCAUACGAUGAUCGGAGGACCGGGUGAUACGCUUUCCUCACUACGGCACGGGCUGAAGAACCCUUGUUUAUGCAAAAGGGGCACUCUUUGCGCUCGAGGACUACUGGUGGCUGACUAUUAUGGACCCAAUUCCUCACCGAUGGUGUGAGGACUGGGCAUCGUAAAUAUUUAGAUACCUCAUAUCCUUCGAUUCCUCGAUUUGAGAAUCUCGAUUCUACACCGUCAAAAUGGUCAAGACUUCCGUCCUCAACGAUGCGCUUAACGCCAUCAACAACGCCGAGAAGAGCGGUCGCCGUCAGGUCCUGAUCCGCCCUUCCUCCAAGGUCAUCAUCAAGUUCCUUUCCGUCAUGCAGAAGCACGGCUACAUUGGCGAGUUCGAGGAGGUUGACGACCACCGCUCCGGCAAGAUCGUCAUCCAGCUCAACGGCCGUCUGAACAAGUGCGGUGUCAUCAACCCCCGUUACCCCGUUCAGCUCCGUGACCUCGAGAAGUGGGCCACUCAGCUUCUCCCCUCCCGUCAGUUCGGUUACGUCGUCCUGACCACCUCCGCUGGUAUCAUGGACCACGAGGAGGCUCGCCGCAAGCACGUUGCCGGCAAGCUCCUCGGUUUCUUCUACUAAAAAGUUUACCCUGGAAGAUUUUUUUU